CGGUGACGCGGGGCCAUGGCGGCCAUGGCGGCGCUGCCCCCGGGGCCGCUGUCGCCGCCUGGCGGGGGCGCGGGGGCCGCGGCGGGGCCUGAGGGCGCCGAGGGCCUGUUCGUGCUGCUGGGCGCGGGGCUCGCCGCCGCCAGCCACCCCCUGCUCUACGUCAAGCUGCUCGUGCAGGUUGGGCAUGAGCCACUACCUCCAACCAUUGGAAGAAAUGUGCUGGGGAGGAAGGUCCUGUACCUGCCCGGCUUCUUCACCUACGCCAGACACAUCGUGGAAGUGGAUGGGAAAAGAGGCCUCUUCCGUGGCCUGACUCCUCGCCUCAUCUCAAGCACUUUAUCAACCAUCACCAGGGGGAGUGUGAAGAAGGCUUUUCCACUGGAAGACAUGGAGCACGUGUCUAACAAGGAUGAUGUGAAAACUUCGCUUAGGAAAGUGGUCAAAGAGACAUCCCAUGAGAUGAUGAUGCAGUGUGUGUCCCGGGUUGUCUCGCACCCACUGCACGUGAUCUCCAUGCGCUGCAUGGUCCAGUUUGUAGGCCGGGAAGUCAAAUACAGUGGUGUGUUCAGUGCCAUUGGCAGGAUAUUUAAGGAAGAAGGGAUCCUGGGAUUCUUUGUUGGGUUAGUCCCUCACAUCCUGGGGGAUGUCAUCUUCCUCUGGUGCUGCAACCUCCUGGCUCACUUCAUCAACACCUACGCGGUGGAUGACAACUUCAGCCAGGCAUCGGUGAUCCGGAGCUACACGAAGUUCGUGAUGGGGAUCGCUGUGAGCAUGCUGACGUACCCAUUCCUUCUCGUGGGAGAUCUCAUGGCAGUGAACAACUGUGGGUUGCGAGCCGGCCUCCCUCCCUACGCACCCGCCUUUGCAUCCUGGAUCCACUGCUGGAGGCAUCUCAGUGCUCAGGGGCAGCUGUUCCGUGGCUCCAGCCUGCUGUUCCGCAGGGCGCCCAUCCCAGCCGCCUCCUUCCCCAUUGACUGACUCCUCGGCAGGAAGAGCUCAUCAACUUGGACUCCUCAAGAAACCCCAAGCUUGUUUCGAUAUCUGUAUAUUUCUAUUUUCUGAUCCAAAGUCCAUGGUGCCAGAACUGACACCUCCUCUCCAGCAAGGCCAGCAACAGACUUCUGGACAUCUGGCUUCAGGUUCCAGCUGGACCAAAGCUCCAUCCUCAUGGCUGUCUUGACUGGGAUGUGUAGCAGAGAGAGCAGAAAGGCAUUGUCCCUUUGGUCCAGGCUGUAAGCUCUGGAGUUGCUGGGGAAGUCCAGGAAUCCAGAAAAUGCCCAGGUACUAAAAGAGCCAGCCCUGAGCUGCGGGAACAAAAGACUGCUUUGUUCUGCCUGAGCUGAGAAGCAGCAGGAGAUCCAAGGUCAUCUCACUGGGAAGGUUAUACCAGGUGACAGCCUCCUGCCUCAUCCUUUCUGGAGAGAGCACCUUUGCCUGGCAGGUAGCUCAUCCUGGGCAAGAUCAACCUGGCAUCCAUAUUUAAGGUUUGAGGGUACCUGAACACCCGGGAGCACCCCACCUCCCAUGGGUGUGAAUUUAGGAAAUUAUAGGAUCAAAACAGGGAAGGGAAACAGAUUCCCACUACAGAGAACAGCAGAGUCCCAAAGAGACGGGUCUGGCCCAGCUCAGGGCAGCGUUGGGCUGUGGACACGGAGAGAGCCCUUGGGAAGGGACACGCGCUGCCACCGGUGCUGCUUUGGGCAGGAUUUCAGUCAUGGAAUGGGCUGUGCUUAGGAUGCACCCAGCAGAGCUGUGGGCUGGGCAGGCAGCCUGCACACUCUCAGGGGAGGUGGGUGCUGGGUUGGACUGGCCUGGCUGCGCUGAGGGGCAUCUCCCAGCCAGCAGCAGCACGAGCCCUGCUGGGCUCCUGCUCCCAUUGCUGAGGGAAACGGAGCCGCCGGGAUCGGAGAGCUGCACACAAAGGGCUCUCCUGCAGCAGGGGCAGCCAUCCAGGGCUGUCUGCACUAAAGGGAUAAACCUUGAGCUGGCCAAAGGCUGGCGAGGCAUCAGGGUCGAGGCCUCCUGGUGCUCAGUGGAGCAAGGCUGGCUCUGUGUGUGUAGCAGAGCUCACCAGUGGCAGAGGUUUGAUUGAUGCUGAGCUGCCAGACAAGAGUUUUUUUGCACCAGUCUGUGCUGUGAUGGCAGCCAGGCAGAUUUCCCCCAUUUCAGUUCCCCAUGAAGCAGUCUUUUGCACAGAGGUGAUGCUGUACUCCCUGGGAAGAGGUUUAGGGUUCCUUGAGCAGGUUCCCAUGUGCUGCAGCAGCAGCAGCUGGGGUCACAUCUCAUCCCGGUCCUCUGGGGUCCUGCCAUCACAGGGGGUUUUUUCUCCAGCAGGCAGGGUCGAUGCACACCCCCAGCCAGGCUUGCAGGACGGUGGUGGUAUGUGCUGGGACUGGCAGCCCCCACCCAGCUCCCUUCGGUGUUGUGAAAUUGGUCCUGUUUGUCCUCCCUCCCUCCCAGUUUGUGUUACAGUUAAAUAAUGCAUGGACCUGUUCCCUAACACCAGAGAUGAUUUCAAAGAGGAUUUAAUUAUGCUCCAAAAUACAGCUAUAAAACAA